AAGAAAGAAAUAUGACAUUAAGAGCAGAAACAUUAUCAAGAAUGAGACGACUUGAAUUUCUCAAAAUAAAAAAAGUUAGUUUUUCUGGAAGUUUGAAUAGCAUUUCUAGCGAAUUGCGAUAUCUUGAGUGGGAAGAGUAUCCGUUUACGUAUUUUCCAUCGUGUUGUAAGCUAUCCAAGCUUUUGAAAUUAGUCUUGCAAAGGAGCAACAUCAAGCAACUAUGGGAUGGCACAAUGUGUCUGGACAAUUUGAAGGAAUUGAAUCUCUCUGACUCCAAAAAUCUUGUGAAGCCUCCAAACCUUAGCCAGGCUCCAAAUCUUGAGAGGCUGUUCCUUAGAGGAUGUAGAAAGCUUAAGCACAUACAUCCAUCAACUGGAGACCUAAGAAAACUUGUUGAGUUAGAUUUGAGUGGGUGCACAAGUUUAAUGAGUUUUCCCAUCACUGUAUUCGGUAUAUCUUCUCUAAAAUCUGUUGAUCUGAGCGGGUGCUCAAGAUUAUUUGGUGGGAAAGAGUUAGAAAAUGGAAGUGAGAGUAGUAUCCAAUGCCAAUCGACAGUAUGGUCCACUUUUAAAAGGCUUAAGCUUAGGUUACCAUUCCAUUUCUUCAAUUAUUCUAAAAGUAGAUUCAACCAUGUGUUCCAUCUGUGGAGGCUUUCUCUGGCUCGCUUAAGCUGCGUGUAUUAUCUUAACCUAAGUUAUUGUAAUCUGCAUACCAUCCCUGAGGCCAUAUCAUCCUUACAUUAUUUAGGGAUCUUAGUUUUCGAAGGAAACAAUAUAGUUAGAGUACCUGAUUUCAUAAACAAGCUUCCCAGACUGAGACGGUUGGUGUUAGAUAACUGCAAACGGCUAAUGUAUGUAGAUGAGUUCCCAUUACCAUUACCAUUACCCUAUCCAGCGGCAGAGCGAACAAAACUUGUGAAAUGGGGAGAAUUGAAGAUUAGGAACUGCCCGAAAAUAGUAGAGAAGGAAAGGUUGAGUGGAAUGGGUAGUUCAUGGAUGAGAGAAUACAUUAAGGUACACAAUGAAUCCACUUAUUUCCUUGGUAUUGUAAUACCAGGGAGUGGAGUUCCAAUUCCAAGGUGGUUUAAGGAUCAGAAUAAGGGGGCGGAUAAUUCAAUGUGGAUAGAAUCAUUUCCGAAUGCCAAUGACAACAAUUGGAUUGGCAUUGCCCUUUGUGCCCACAUUCUUGUUCAAUUUGAACAAUCCCUCUCCAUUGAGCUCUACUUUUACGACCAAACAGGAAAAGGCAACCUCGUGUACCGUUUCUUUUGGCCUAAAAAGGAGGAUGAGGUGACGGGUGAAUUGGUUCACCUCUGCCUAUUCUAUCUUUCUCGCCAACAACUCAUUCGGGAUGGAAAGCAGCAUGAUCUUGAUGGAUCCCGCUUUGAAUUCAAAGUACAUGACCACAGCUAUGUGGAAGUGAAGAAGUGGGGAAUGCGUGUGAUACUGAACCAGGAUUUGGAGUAACCCAACUCUGUCAGAUAUUGAUUUAGUUUGAUUAUUGACCAACUCAGAGAGAAGAGGAUUGAGAUAUGUUGAGGGUGAUUCAUAAUUAAUAUGAGUAACUGGAACUCAUCAGAGAAGAACUUGUUGGUGUUCAUGCUACCAUGUUGCUGAAAUGCACUGGGCUUUAUUUCUAUAUUUGCCUCCACUUGAUGUUAUCUAGAUGAUGAUUGAGAUGUUGAGGGUGAUUCAUAAUGAACUCAUCAAAGAACUUGUUAGUGUUCAUGCUACCAUGCUGCUGAAAGAGGCUUGGUUUUGUUGGAAAUUUUGAGGCCACCAUCAAUACGUAUUGAAAUUCAAAAUUGCAAUAUCACUUUCUCUCUUGAGCCGUGGCAGCACAAUUACAAAGUUAGGAUGCUUGUCCUUCUGAAUCCUAUAGCAUCUCUGGUACCUCCGAAGGGAAUGAUAACACACUACUUAGUGUUGAUAACAACACCACAAGGGACAAUGAUCUAGCAGAAUGUGCAUAAGCAUAAACUCCUUUUUGCAUUCUAAAUCAAUUUGUGAGAAAAGAUUACUGCUAUCAACCACUUCAUUAUGCAUGACUAAACUACUGGUAGCCUUUGGAGCCAUA